AUGAGGAGGUUUCAGAAGAUCGAUGUGCCCCAGGCGCUGCCAGCCGGGGCGCUGGUCGUCAUUGCACUGUGCUGUUGGGUUCAGACAGCAACGGCAGCUUACUUCUACGUGCAGGAGUCUCACGAAAAGUGCUUCAUCGAAAGCGUACCAGCUGAUUUGGCGCUUACAGCAGCAUACAAGGACCAUGAAAACCCAGGCGUAACAUGCAGUAUCAUCUUCAAGGACCCCACAGGGCGCAGCGUUUACAGCCGGGAGGUGCUACCCACAGACAUGGAAGGGAAAGUUACGCACGUGACAACAACGCCUGGAGAGUACCAAGUUUGUAUUUCGUGCUCUCCUUCUAAAUGGUCCAGCACGCAGUUGCUUAAGUGGUCACUCUCCAUUGAACUGGGCGAUACUGACGUCAAUACCGACGAGCUUGCCAAGAAGGAGCACGUAAAUAGCGUUCAUCUGAAACUGCAAGCCAUAGCGCGAAGGGUGGAGGCAAUGCAGGCGGAAAACGACUAUGAAAGGGUGCAGGAAGAACGAUUCCAGCGGACGAGCGAAGCCAUCAACAGUCGCGUUGUGUGGUUUUCAGUAUUGCAACUUUUGCUUUUAUGCGCCUGCACCCUGGCCAGUAUCUUUUACUUGGUCCGCUACUUCCACUCCCACAAGAUCAUCUAA